CCAGUGCUCCAGAGGAAUAUUUAGCAAUGGAAAACCUGACGUUUGUCUACUGGUCCUGUAAAGUUAUGUGGACAGUUCUUGUGGCAGCGCUGGGUUGUGGCAGCAGCCUGCCCGUGGGGGAGGAUGCUCUCUGCACAGCAGAGGAGCUUGCUAAGUACAGGAUAAUCUUCACAGGGAAAUGGAGCCAGACUGCCUUCCCCAAGCAGUACCCGCUCUACAGGCCCCCAGCUCAGUGGUCAUCCUUGCUGGGUGUUACUCAUAGUUCUGACUACAGCAUGUGGAAAAAAAAUGAAUAUGCCAGCAAUGGUGUACGUGAUUUUGCUGAAAAGGGUGAAGCAUGGGCACUAAUGAAAGAAAUAGAAGAAGCUGGAGAGAAAAUUCAGAGUGUGCACGGAAUCUUCUCUGCUCCUGCAAUUUCCAGUGGUACAGGACAAACCUCAACCGAAUUAGAAGCACAUCCAAGACAUCCCUUAGUUUCGUUCGUUGUACGAAUCGUUCCCAGCCCUGACUGGUUCGUGGGCGUUGACAGCCUAAAUCUCUGUGAGGGAGACCACUGGGUGGAUGAAGUAUCAGUGGAUCUAUUUCCAUAUGAUGCUGGAACUGACAGUGGAUUCACAUUUUCCUCCCCAAACUUUGCCACCAUUCCACAGGACACAGUUACAGAGAUCACUUGUUCCUCUCCAAGUCACCCAGCAAACUCAUUUUAUUAUCCCAAACUCAAAAUUUUGCCACCAAUUGCUCAAGUAACAAUGGUGAAAAUAAAGAAAACCCAGCUAGGUCUUUCUGCACCUUUUAUUAAUCUUCCAGCUAAAAGCAAUGAAAUAAUAGACACUGUCUCAGAAACACCCCUGGACUGUGAGGUUUCGCAAUGGUCCUCCUGGGGGCUCUGCAGAGGGGUCUGCAGGGAAACAGGCACCAAGAUCAGAACUCGCUUUGUUCUUCUUCAGCCUGCCAACAAUGGAAUGCCUUGUCCAGACCUGGAUGAAGAAACAGGAUGUGAACCAGAAAAUUGUGUCUGAAAUAAAGAAAAUAUAAUAAUUAAGAUAAUUUAAAAGUAGGAUAAGUUUAAAUCUGAACUACAUGUCAGUCAAUGUUCUUUAUCAUUUGGAUACGCUGCACUAUUUUGCUGAAAAGCUGCAUUAGAGUGGGUUUGAAAGUUUUUAUUUAAUAUCAAAAUUUUGGGGGGUUAAAUUCCUAAGGUUUAGUAGGACAACAGUACUGGAUAAUUUAAAGAACAAAACCCCCAAAUAAAUCCUUCCUCCAAAUACACUGUAAGUUCUUGGAGUACCCUCUAGUGGCAGAAAAGAAGACAUUUGGGAAGAUCGUACUUCACAUUUUUACUUCACAGAAAAAAUCUUUCAAUCGCAAAGUCUAAGCUAAUAACCUCCUUAAAUAUUGUAAUUUGUUUAUCUACACCUAUUUAUACCUAGAAAAUAGUUUUUCCUUCUAAAUUAUGUUUUUAUAAUUUAUUGGCAUUUUUGUCAUCUUUCUAACCUUGCUUAAUGUGCAUUUCCUCAGAAACUACUUACAAAAGUCAGAGUGACCAGAUGUUUGCAGUGUGGUUAAGACAAUAAUGGAACUGAGUAAACUUGUCUUGAGACUUUUGACUAUAUGAAAAUGUCUUUUUAUUUUUCUUUCUCAAAAGUGAGAAGACAACUGCCAUGAGGACACAGCCAACAAAAUUACUAGAAAAACAUCUGAAGUGUGGAUAGUAGUA